AUGGCUGCGGUACAUGGGUACGCCGGCAUUAUAUGCGUGCGCAUAUUCCUGGGGCUCGCCGAGUCUCCAUUCUUUCCCGGGGCUUUGUUGCUGAUAAGUUCCUGGUACAAACCGUCCGAAAUUGCGGUGCGAGUAGCCGUGGUGUAUUGUGGUAACACCAUCGCCAACGGGUUUGGCAGCAUGUUUGCCGCGGGCGUCAUGAGUGGAUUAAACGGCAAAGGCGGGCUGGAAGGCUGGAGAUGGCUAUUUAUCAUUGAAGGGGCUGGCACAAUGGUGGCCGGCCUUCUCGCUGUCGCGCUUCUCCCAGACUUUCCUCGUUCCGGGCAGCGGAAGUGGCUAUCGGAACAGGAGCAGCGCUUUUCCGAAUGGCGUCUCGCCCGCGCCGCAAAUGAUGAGGUCGAUGAGAAUGGUUCCAUCCGCGAGGGCUUGCGGGAUGCAUUAUUAGAUCCCAAGGCGUGGAUGUUGAUUCUGAUCCAGGUUUGCCAGCUCACAUCUCAAAGCUGGACCUACUUCUUCCCUACCAUCGUCAAAACACUGGGAUUUAGCAACAUCAUCACGCUGCUGAUCACGGCUCCGGUGUACGUCUUUGGCUUCAUCGCCGCUCUUGGUAAUUCCUUCAUUGCGAACCGAACGAGCCAGCGCGCAGUUCUUAUCGCGUGGCCUCUAAUUAUAGACAUCGUGGGAAACGUCAUGGUCAUAUCGUCUCGAGCCACUGCAGUCAGGUACAUCGGCAUGUUCUUAAUGUGCGCUGGUUCAUAUUCCGCUUUCAAUGUCGUUCAAGCCUGGAUCGCCAGUACGAUCCCGCGGACACGCACCAAGCGGGCCAUUGUGUACGCGUUGGUCAACCUCUUCGGUAACUCGUCCAAUAUAUACGGCUCGUACUUCUUUCCCACAUCCGACUCGCCACAGUACCGGCCUGGCGGUAUCACCCUUUCAGCGUUUGCUGCUGCCGGAAUCGUCUUGACUGGGCUGUUGGCAUUGUAUCUCCAUACGCUCAAUGUGAAGGCACAAAAGGCAGAGGAGGAGGACGGGCAGAUUCGUUAUAAGUAUAUCUGGUAA